CCCUUCUUUACCUAUCUGACUGUUGUUGCGACCCCGGUCCCACAAAGUCAGGCAACUCGGUUGAAGCGCCGUUCUCAGGGCAUAUUGGGGAGAGGGAAGCUAUAAUCUUUGCGCCAAGUUCACAAAUCGUGAUUUUUAGGAGAAUCGUCAGCAUGGGCAACUUUAAGAGGUCAAUUCUAGCUGCUUCACUAGUUUCGACAGCUUGUACGCAAAAAGUUCUUGAUUUGAGCACGAUUGAAUGGACAUUGACAAGUCCAAACUUCACAUACAUCUCCGUGCCAGGAUAUGUACCGUCGCAAGUUCAUCUUGAUCUUCGUGCGGCACAGGUUAUCGGGGACCCUUUAUAUGCCCUAAAUGAAUUUAAUUUGCGGUGGAUACCUUACUCGAACUGGACUUAUACCUCAUCUCCACUUUCAGAAUUCAAAGAUACAGUUACCACAUGGAUUGUUUUCAAUGGUUUAGACACAUUUGCCUCGAUUCAGCUCUGCGGACAUCAUAUAGCAGCCACGAACAAUCAGUUCAGACAGUACGCCUUCGACGUAACAGAUGCACUGGUCUCGUGUAAUGACCCGGUGCUCUCUAUCGAUUUUGGGAGCGCCCCGAUUAUUGCAAAUGCAACUGCUGAACUGCCCGGUCAAAAUUCAUGGCCUUAUGGUGUCCAGCAGCUUUAUGAGUUUCCGAAUCGAGAGUUCAUCCGCAAAGAGCAGAACGAUUUCGGGUGGGACUGGGGACCUGCCUUCUCGCCGGCUGGUAUCUGGCAGCCUGCUUAUGUGGUUCAACUAGCAUCCGACCAAGCGUACGCCCUUAAUACUCUGGUGGAUAUCUAUCGGGAGGAGCAGAGGAAUCUCUUGCCUCCGGAUCAAUCUAGGGACUGGGUACUCAAUGCAAGCAUCGACUAUGUCGGCUCGCUGCCUCCCAAUGCAGAUAUUCAGUAUACUCUCGAGAGAGGGAGUAAUACAAGUAACCUCAGUGGGAGAUUGGGAAAUAUCACCCUAAGCAAGGGGAGAGUGACCGGUAGUAUAAUCAUACCUAGCGAUGCUGUAGAACUAUGGUGGCCUGUAGGUAUGGGCUCACAAACGUUAUACAACCUGACCCUCCACGUUGUGGGCGAUCAGGGGAACACCAUAGUCACAGUCAACAGAAGGGUUGGAUUCCGCACCAUUUUCAACAAUCAGCUGCCGGUAUCGCAGGAACAGCUCGAACGCGGUGUCGCUCCAGGAGCAAACUGGCACUUUGAGAUCAAUGGACACGAGUUCUAUGCCAAAGGCUCAAAUUUCAUCCCCCCAGAUCCAUUUUGGCCAUCGGUUACAGAAGAGCGUAUUCGUGUCUUGUUUGACAGUGUCGUUGACGGGAACCAAAACAUGCUGCGAGUCUGGUCUUCAGGGGCUUAUGCGCCAGACUUCAUGUUUGAUCUUGCCGACGAGAUGGGUAUAUUGCUUUGGAGUGAGUUUCAAUUUGGAUGCGCCUUGUAUCCUGUGGAUGAAGCUUUUCUGGAGAAUGUUGCAGAGGAGGCAGAGUAUCAGGUCCGCCGUGUGAAUCAUCAUCCGUCGCUGGCUUACUGGGCUGGAGGCAACGAGCUUGAGAACCUUGAGCUCGCUCUGGUUAAUAAGACUGCACCGGAACAGUAUCCAAAGUAUCUUGCAGAGUACGAAACGCUGUUUCUGGAUACCCUGGCGACGAUUGUGUUUGCCAACACCCGGAGCAUAUCGUACUCUCCGUCCAGUACUACCAACGGUUGGCAGAGUUUGGACUUCUCAAAGAUGCAGCCAAUCACUCAGAGGUAUAACAAUCUUACACAGGGAUCGAUAUAUGGAAACACUGAUCACUACAACUAUAAUCCCUCGCAAGCAUUCAAUCUGUCUACGUAUCCCGUAGGCCGGUUUGCAAACGAAUUCGGUUAUCACUCAAUGCCGUCGCUCCAGACAUGGCAACAAGCCGUAGACGCCGCGGACCUUCAUUUCAACUCUACCGUCGUCAUGCUUCGGGACCACCACCCUCCCGCAGGCGGUACCUCUACUUCAAACAUCUACAACACUUCCAUCGGGCAAGGCCAGAUGACAAUGUCAGCCCAGCGCUGGUACCCUGUUCCGAACAAGACGGAUCCCCUGGCCAACUUCUCCGCCUGGUGCCAUACAACACAAAUCUUCCAAGCCGACUUCUACAAAGCCCAAAUCGCCUUUUACCGCCGGGGGAGCGCCCUCCCCGAGCGACAAUUAGGCUCACUGUACUGGCAACUCGAGGAUCAAUUCCAAGCGCCGACUUGGUCGGGAAUCGAAUACGAUGGACGAUGGAAGGUGCUCCACUACGUGGCCAAGGACGCCUACGAGCCCGUCAUCAUUGCUAGUUUCCACAACGCCUCGACGCAGGCCCUCGACAUCUGGGUCCUCUCAGACCUUUGGACCACCAUCUCUGCGUCGGUAUCUCUGACGUGGUAUGACUGGUCCGGAGCACCGCUGCAAGACAUCAACACUAAUACCAACAACACGCUGGAAGAAGCAGCGGGGACGAAUAUAACCGUUCAUCCCAUCAAUGGAACCAAGAUCCUCUCCUCGAACCUCGACACUCUUUUGGCGGGUCAUCCGCCGACCAAUGCGCUCCUUGCCAUGCACGUCACGGCCCAAGGCACCUUACCCAACUCCAAUGCCUCGACAACAUUUUCCCACACGUCCUGGUUCCACGCGUCUCCGCUGGUCAGCGCCGAGAUGCAGGAUCCCGGGUUGCAGCUCACGCACAACAAUGUCACCGACACGUUCACAAUGACGGCUACCAAAGGGGUUGCGGCGUGGGUGUGGUUGGACUACCCUUCUUCGUCUUCGAAUGGGGCUUCGCAGGGGGGUGGGACGGUUGUGAGCUUUGAUGACAAUGGGUUCUGGCUGGGAAAAGGAGAGGUCAAGGAGUUGGGGUUCAGAGUUAAGAAGGAUGAUAGUGAGGGGGGAUGGAAAGGCGGAGUCACGGCGAGGAGUUUGUGGGAUAAUUAUGUCGAGUAA